AUGCCUACAAUAGGACAGAAUAAAUAUAGAGCUAACACAAGCGCGUUUCUAGAUGAUUCACGAAGUUUUAAAAGAAAAUCAAUUGAUGAACAGGAAGACUACAACAUUGUAGAUGAUUUCAUAUAUCUAAAUAAAGAAAAUAGAAAUGUAUCAAAUGAACAACAUGGAGAUUUAUAUAUGAAUGUAGAAUUAGGAUUAACACGUACUAGUGCUAUGGGUAUAAAUAUAAUUAAUAAGAAUAGCAUAGAGGAUAAAAAAUUGAAUGAAUCUUAUAAUGUUAAAAAUUAUGAAGAACACAUAGAUGAGAAUGAUUAUAAGUUGGAAUCUCCAUUAAAUGAGAUUCAAAAGUAUCAGCUCACAUUACUGAGAAAAAGUAAUCCGUCAUGUCCUAAACCAGCAAAAUGUGAAGACGAUAAUAACAAGAUGAAUAAAGACUGUAGGAAGAAAUCUUAUGAGGAAGAGCAAACAUAUGAAGUUCCUUAUGAGAAAUAUAAUAUGGAUAUGUCAACAAAAAGUAAUGUAAAGGAAAUUAGAUAUUUACAGGGAUUAAAACAAAUGGGAGAUGUUAAAUCGGACAAAGAUUUUAAGAAUAUGAUGGAUUUAAAAAAUUAUAAAGCUGUACAAAUGUAUAAGGUACUACCGAAUUAUAAAAAUGUACAAGUUAAUAAAAAUGUACAAGUUAAUAAAAAUUUACAACAUAAUAAAAGUUUACAAGUUAAUAAAAAUUUACAAGUUAAUAAUAAUAUACCAAAUAGUUAUAACAUCUCAAUAAAUAAAAACUUACCUAUACAUAAAAACCUAUUAACAUAUAAAGAAACUAAUACGCCAAAAGAUCAAGUGUUAAUUAACCCUAGAAGGAAUGAUGAACUUUUAUAUAAUACAAAUAACAUAUCAAAUAUAAAAAGAGUACAUGAAGAAAAAUUAGGAAAGUCAGAAUAUGUGAAUGUAAAUAAUAGUUCAGUAGCAAGCUCAAAAGUUUUGAAUGAUAGUAGACAGAAAAGUAUAGUAGAAAUAAGAUUGAAAGAUAACAUAUAUGAUGAAAGGUUAAUAUCUGAUGGUUAUGAAAAGAAAAAAAUGUAUUAUAUAAAACAUAACGAUACAAAAGAUAGGAAACAGAACGAGGAACAACCUAUGAUUAAGGAUAAUAAGUUAUAUAAGUAUGGGGAAAAAAUAAUAUAUUCUGAUAAAGACAAAAAGGAAAAUAUUUUAAAAUUAAAUGAUAAAUAUUUAAAUGAUAUGAAUGUAAAAAAAGGAAAUUAUUAUAGUAGUGAAGAAAAUAUAAAUGACAAUUAUAUUAUAGUGAAAAAGAAUACUAAUGUAUAUAAUAAUAAAAAAGAAAAUAACAACAAUAAUAAUAAUAAUGAUGAUAAUAAUAAUGAUAAUAAUGAUGAUAAUAAUAAUAAUGAUAAUAAUAAUAAUAAUUAUUAUUAUUAUAAUAAUGAUGAUGAAGAUGAUCGUGAUUAUUAUAUUCCAACUCAAAAUAAAGACAUAAUGUUUGUUGAUGAUAAGUUAAAAAUGGGGUCAAAAAUAGUAAAAGACAAAUAUAAAUUAUACAAGAGAGCAGAUUAUGAAGAAAACAGAAACCAAAAAAAAAAUAAUGAUGAAUUUAGAGAUGCACAUAUUGUUGAGAAUAUCAAAGAACAUGGAAUAUAUGAAAAUGUUAAGAAUUUAAAGGAUCAUGAAUUGGAUGAAAAUUAUAAUAAUUUUAGUAGCCAUAGAUAUGAUAAAGGAAAAAGUGACAUACAAAUUGAUAAGAGAAAUCCAAAAAAUAAUAUUAAUAAAAGCAAUAUAAAUUAUAAUGAUAAUAAAUAUAAAAGUACACACAAAAUGAAUAAUAAUUAUAAUAAUGAUGAUGAUGAUAAUAAUAAUGAUUAUAAUGAUGAUGCUUAUGAUUAUUAUGAUCAUUAUCAUAAGUGUGAUGAUACCAAUAAUAAACUCCAAAUUAACAAAUUCAAUAGAAAAGAAGAAACUACUAUAAUUAAUGUGUGUUCUGAAAAAAAGCCGUAUGAUGAACGUCCCAAAAGUAAAAAUAUAAUGCAUAAGCAUGACGAACAAGAUGAACAUAAUAAAAAUGUUAAAAUUAUGAAUAAGAAAAAAUAUUGUACAAAUAACAGUGUACAGGGGAAAAGUGGGUCGGAAAGGGUUGUAGGAUAUCGUUCAGCUAAUAAUAAUAAUAAUAAUAAUAAUAAAAAUAAUAAUAAUAGUAGUAGUAAUAAUAAUAUUAGUAGUAAUAAUAUGUGUAAUAAAAAUAUGAACAUAAGUAGAAAAAGCCUAAAUGUUAGUUCGAAAAUAAAAAAUGAUAAAAGUAUAACAUAUAUAUCAUUUGAUGAAAUUACAAAUUUUGAUUUUGAAAUGAAUAAUGAUUAUAUGAAUGAAAUGAUAUCAGAAUUAUUAGCUAUUACAAAAGAUCAUGAAUGGACAAAACAAAUAGAUAAUUUAAUUAACUUAAGAAAAAUUUUAAAAUUUCAUCAUAAAUUAUUUUUUGAAAAUCAUUCAAAAGAAUUAAGAAAAAUUUCGAGAUGUAUUAUCGAAUUAUUAAAUAGUCCUAGAUCAAGUGUGUCAAAAAAUUCUUUAUUAUGUUUAUCUGAAUUUUAUUCAAUAGGUAAAAAAAAAAUGGAUAAUACAUUGGAUGAUGUAAUAUUACCAUGUUUGAAAAAGGCUUAUCAGACUUCUACUGAUUUUUUGAGUAGUGCAGCAAAUAAUACAUUAUUGUCUAUAUGUAAUUCAUGUAGUGAGAGCAAGUUGAUUUUACACUUUGUUAAAAUUAUAACAUCAAAACAGAAGACAUAUAACUUGAUUUGUCUGAAAUGCCUAAUUGCGGUCAUAAUUAAAUUUGAGGAUAACAUAAUAAAAUUUAAGGAGAUAAAUAAAUUGAUAGAAGCCAUACUAGAGUGUACUUCUGUUGGAAGCGCAGAAAUAAAGUGCACAGCAAGGGUUGCCUUAGUUGUGUUAGACAAUAUAUAUCCUAUAAAAAAGUUGUGUAGUAAAUUACACAUGUCAGCAGAAAAAAUAAAAAAGAUUGAAAAUUUAACAGAUAGAACGUCAGAAAAUGAAAUCGACCUUGUUUUGGGGAAAAUUAAAUUUAAUUAA